GCCAUAAAAGCGUGUUAAGGUGUUUCAUUGAGGGCAGAGUAUAUUUUCCUUAGCUGUAUUUUGACACUCAGCACUCGGCGGCUGGGUCUGGGAGGACACACAAUGAAGGACAACGACAGUGAUCAGUUUGGAAAUGGAAUUGACAAUGACGCUUUUGAAAUGGGGGAGGACAGGUUUUCUGACAAAGGAAGCAUCAAAAAUCUGAGUAAAAAGACAAAGAAAGGAUUGGGAACAUACUUGAGCCAAGUUUCCAGGCCAAUUAAUGCCACUGAGAACUACUUCAAAGUUCAUUCCAGAAUUUUUAAGUAUGUUGUCCUUGGCAUUCUUGGAGCAGGUUAUGUGGCGUACUUCAUUGCAGCCUGCGUGUUGGAUUUCCAGAGGGCCACUGCACUUGUGGUCCUCACCAUUUUGGCAGUUGUUGCCACUUCUUAUGAACUUUUGAUGAAGCACAAAGGAGAAAGCAUCAGCCGUUUUGUGAAACCUGCAGUCAGAUGCUUUCAGUCCAACUUAAAAUGGCUAAAAUGGGUUUUCAUCUUAGCAGUUGUUGUCCUGCUGGUGGUGUGGCUCGUUUUAGACACAAGCAAGCGUCCCGAGCAGCUUAUCUCAUUUGGAGGUGUGUGCAUGUUCAUCGUGCUUUUAUACCUCUUCUCAGCACACAGGUCGAUGGUCUCAUGGAGGCCAGUUUUUUGGGGUCUUGGCUUGGAAUUCUGCAUCGGCCUUUUUGUUAUAAGAACAGAACCUGGACUUAUUGCCUUUGACUGGCUUGGUAAACAAGUACAGGUGUUUCUUGAUUACACCAAAGAAGGCUCAUCGUUUGUUUUUGGAGACCUGAUUGGUGGCAUCUUUGCUUUUCAAGCUUUGCCCAUUGUGGUCUUCUUCAGCAGCGUUAUGUCAAUUCUCUACUUUUUGGGCAUAAUGCAGUGGCUCAUUUUAAAGAUCUCAUGGGUCAUGGAAAUAACAAUGGGAACUUCUCCCACAGAAACCUUAAGUGUGGCAGGCAAUAUCUUUGUUGGACAGACUGAGGCUCCUCUGCUGAUUCGCCCCUAUUUGAAAGAAAUGACCAAAUCUGAGAUCCACGCCGUCAUGACUGGAGGAUUUGCUACGAUUGCAGGGAGUGUCAUGGGAGCAUUCAUCUCAUUCGGGAUUGAUGCAUCUUCCUUGAUAUCUGCGUCUGUGAUGGCUGCUCCGUGUGCUUUAGCCAUCUCUAAACUGUCUUACCCUGAAACUGAAGAAAGUCCCUUCAAGGCAGAGAAGAAUAUCAAAGUUGCUAGUGGGGAUGAACAGAACAUUUUGGAAGCUGCCAGCAGUGGAGCAUCUGCAUCAAUCGGGCUUGUAGCUAACAUUGCAGCCAAUCUAAUAGCCUUUCUCGCCAUAUUGGCCUUCAUAAAUCAGGCUUUGAGCUGGCUAGGAGGCAUGGUUGGAUAUCCUGAAAUCACUUUUCAGCUGAUUUGCUCUUAUGUAUUUAUGCCUAUAGCCUUCAUGAUGGGAAUACCUUACGAUGAGGCUUUCACGGUGGCUGAAUUAAUCGGCACCAAGCUCUUCUUAAAUGAGUUUGUGGCUUACGAGAAAUUAUCUGAACUUAAGACCAACAGACUCAAUGGAAUUGAUGAAGUUAUUGGAGAUGAAAGACAGUGGAUAUCGGUGAGAUCAGAGAUUAUCACCACCUAUGCCCUUUGUGGAUUUGCCAAUUUCAGCUCCUUGGGUAUUGUUAUUGGAGGCCUGUCAUCCAUUAGCCCACAAAGAAGAGGCGACAUCUCAUCUCUGGUGGUGAGAGCCAUGAUUACUGGAACUUGUGUUUCUCUCAUCAAUGCAUGCAUUGCAGGGUUACUCUUUGUGCCGCCACUUGACUGUGUGGGGAUUUUUAGGGGCUCUGCAUUCAAUGCCACAGAUGUAAACAUCCAACAGUGCUGUCAAGACUUGUUUCAGAGCACUGUGAAUAAUGGAAACCUCACUUUUGAAGGUCAAUGGAGCUCUAUUAGCAAUGUCACAGUGUUCUUCUCCAAAUGUUGUCAGUGUUGUGGUCUUUCUGAUGUGCCGGUUUGUCUGUAGACAUAAAAUUUAAAUAUAAGCAGGCCUCUAUCAAGAACGAUAAUUUGUUUUUCUUUUUCUUUUUUUCUUUUUCUUUUUUACUUUUUUUGUAUUUACAAAUGUAGUUUUUCAAAGUUGCAAAAUCCACAAGAGCCAUUUCUUAAAAGGAAACCAAUAUUAAAAACAAACAAUAAAAACUUACCUUUUAGAGGCUCACGCCUUAAGGAAGAUGGGCAAAGGAGAAUUCAAGAUAGGAUUCAGAUAUUAUUUUAUUGUAGGUGGUAAAAAUAUGCUGAGGUUUAAAACAUGGCAAUGACAUGACAACAGAAAUGAAAAUAAAGGAGUUUGUUUUUGUUCAGUUUCA